AGGAAACGAUAUUCGCGCUAAUGUUGGUCGGAGAAGAGGAGAAAGAGUGAGGGAGGGAGGAAAGGAAGAGGGAGUAGGGCCAAGAGACGUAAUUCACCCCCUUCUCUUGGCGCCAAUCUGGCGGAAAAAAAAUACGUUUUUGUCGUUUAGUGAACUUUAGUGUAAUCAAUUGUGGGCAUAUUCUUUUGUAGCCAGUUGCGCUAGGUAGUUUGCUAAACCGCUAGCAUUUUACAUUAUCUUGCCCCUUUUCAAGAAACCACAUUAAUUUAGCGACUAAGUUAGCUAGCUAGCAACAGCAAGACACAGCGGUCGUUUUAAAACAGCGAUAUGGGGAGGAAGUCAAACAAAGCGAAGGAGAAGAAACAGGCUCGCCUGGCGGAGAGGGCAGCCAUGGAUGCAGUGUGUGCCAAGGUGGACACAGCCAAUAAGCUGGACGACCCUUUGGCUGCUUUCCCAGUCUUCAAAAAGUAUGACAGAAACGGAUUAAAUCUCCAGAUCGAGUGUAAGAGGGUGUCCACUCUCAACCCCAUGUCUGUGGAGUGGGCCUACGAGCUGACCCGGACCAACAUGCAAACACUGUAUGAACAAAGCGAGUGGGGAUGGAAGGAGAGAGAAAAGAGGGAUGAGAUGAAGGACGAGAGGGCGUGGUAUCUGCUUGCUCGAGACACAGACUCCUCCCCCGUGGCCUUCUCUCACUUCCGAUUCGAUGUCGAGUGCGGGGAGGAGGUGCUAUACUGUUAUGAGGUCCAGCUGGAGAGUAGGGUGAGAAGGAAAGGACUGGGCAAGUUCCUCAUCCAGAUACUACAGCUCAUCGCCAACAGCACACAGAUGAAGAAGGUGAUGUUAACAGUAUUCAAACACAACCACGGGGCGUACCAGUUCUUCAGAGAAGCUUUACAGUUCGAUAUCGACGACACCUCCCCCAGUAUGUCUGGUUGUUGUGGCGACGACUGCACCUAUGAGAUCCUGUCGCGGCGGACCAAACAUGCCGAGGCCCAGGGGCACAGCCACGGUGGAGGAGGGCACUGUGGAGGCUGCUGCCACUGAGGGAGCCUGUUCCUGUUUCACCACUUCCUGCCCACUUCCUGGUCCCACGCUCUAGAAGCUGCCCCUCAUCCCCUUCUCUGCUCAUGAGUCAUUACUGUACCCAAACGCCCCAAAACCCCUGGCCCACUCUAUAUUCCCCCUUCUUUCUCUCUCAUCCAUAUCCCCCCUCUCUCCAUACUAUUUUAGUCUUUGAUAAGUUAGGAAUCUGCUUGUGCUCUUUCUAGCCAGCCACCAACAGCUUUCUGAACUGUCCCAAGGCUCCGUCCCAAUAAUCCUAAUGUGCAUACUAUUAUGGAUGAAGCGAUGUGUUAGCCAUGCGUUCUGAGUGGUAAAUUAGGAUGGAUUGUUGGGACAGAGCCCCACGUGUAUUUAUCUUAGUUUGAUCAGGUGUUCUGUAGAUGGUCUCUCUCUCUCUUCCCCAGAGCCUCUGAUCCGUUUCAGUUGAUCUUCUACAGUAUUUUUUAAAAUGCUGUCUGAUGGCAGGAACACCCGCUGUUCCUACAUUUUUGUAGAGAAGUGUGUGAGAGAUACAUAUAUAUAUAUACACACACACACACACAGUAACAGUCAAAGUUAGGACGCCUACUCAUUUGAGGGUGUUUCUUAAAUGUUUUUUUAAAUGUUCUACGUUGUAUAAUAAUAGUGAAGACAUCUCCUACUAUGAAGUAACACAUAUGG